AUGGGAAAGCUCCAAGUUAUAUCAUACGAUAAAAUGAAGUAUCCAUUGCUUCCCUCGUCAUUUCAGUGCUCCACCAAUCUUCGAGUGCUUCAUCUCCAUGAAUGUUCAUUAAGGAUGUUUGAUUGCUCUUGUAUUGGAAAUAUGUUGAAUCUAGAAGUGCUUAGCUUUGCUGAUUCUGGCAUAGAAUGGUUACCUUCUACAAUUGGAAAUUUAAAGAAGCUAAGGCUACUGGAUUUGACAAAUUGUUAUGGUCUUUGUAUAGCUAAUGGUGUCUUAAAAAAAUUGGUCAAACUUGAUGAGCUCUAUAUGAGAGUGGUUAGUCAACAUGGAAAGGUGGUCAACCUCACUGAGGAUAACUGCAAUGAGAUGGCAGAGCGUUCGAAAGAUCUUUCUGUACUAGAACUUGAGGUCUAUAAAAAUAGUGUUCAACCAAAGAAUAUGUCAUUUGAGAAGCUACAGCGAUUCCAGAUCUCAGUGGGGCGCUAUUUAUAUGAAGAUUCCAUAAAGAGUAGGCACUCGUAUGAAAACACAUUGAAGUUGGUUGUUCAAAAAGGUGAAUUAUUGGAAUCUCGAAUGAACGAGUUGUUUAAGAAAACAGAGGUGUUAUGUUUAAGUGUGGGAGAUAUGAAUGAUCUUGAAGAUAUUGAGGUUAAGUCAUCCUCACAACCUUUUCAAUCCUCUUCGUUUUACCAUUUAAGAGUCCUUGUCGUUUCAAAGUGUGCAGAGUUGAAACACCUCUUCACACCUGGUGUUACAAACACUUUAAAAAAGCUUGAGCAUCUUGAAGUUUACAAAUGUGAUAAUAUGGAAGAACUCAUACAUACCGGGGAUAGUGAAGAAGAGACGAUUACAUUCCCCAAGCUGAAGUUUUUAUCUUUGUGUGGGCUACCAAAGCUAUCGGGUUUGUGCGAUAAUGUCAAAAUAAUUGAGCUACCACAACUCAUGGAGUUGGAACUUGACAACAUUCCAGGUUUCACAAGCAUAUAUCCCAUGAAAAAGUCUGAAACAUCUAGUUUGUUGAAGGAAGAGGUUCUGAUUCCUAAGUUAGAGAAACUGCAUGUUAGUAGUAUGUGGAAUCUGAAGGAGAUAUGGCCUUGCGAAUUUAAUACGAGUGAGGAAGUUAAGUUCAGAGAGAUUGAAGUGAGUAACUGUGAUAAGCUUGUGAAUCUGUUUCCGCACAAGCCCAUAUCUCUGCUGCAUCAUCUUGAAGAGCUUCAAGUCAAGAAUUGUGGUUCCAUUGAAUCGUUAUUCAACAUCCAUUUGGAUUGUGCUGGUGCAACUGGAGAUGAAUACAACAACAGUGGUGUAAGAAUUAUUAAAGUGAUCAGUUGCGAUAAGCUUGUGAAUCUAUUUCCGCACAAUCCCAAGUCUAUGCUGCAUCAUCUUGAAGAGCUUGAAGUCAAGAAUUGUGGUUCCAUUGAAUCGUUAUUCAACAUCCAUUUGGAUUAUGCUGGUGCAACUGGAGAUGAAAACAACAACAGUGGUCUUGAAGUCGAGAAUUGUGGUUCCAUUGAAUCGUUAUUCAACAUUGACUUGGAUUGUGCUGGUGCAAUUGGGCAAGAAGACAACAUCAGCAGCUUAAGAAACAUCAAAGUGGAGAAUUUAGGGAAGCUAAGAGAGGUGUGGAGGAUAAAAGGUGGAGAUAACUCUCGUCCCCUUGUGCAUGGCUUUCAAGCUGUUGAAAGCAUAAAGAUUGAAAAAUGUAAGAGGUUUAGAAAUGUAUUCACACCUACCACCACAAAUUUUGAUCUGGGGGCACUUUUGGAGAUUUCAAUAGAUGACUGCGGAGAAAACAAGGGAAAUGACGAAUCGGAAGAGAGUAGCCAUGAGCAAGAGCAGAUUGAAAUUCUGUCAGAGGAAGAGACAUUACAAGAAGCCACUGGCAGUAUUUCUAAUGUUGUAUUCCCACCCUGUCUCAUGCACUCUUUUCAUAACCUCCAUAAACUUAAAUUGGAGAGAGUUAAAGGAGUGGAGGUGGUGUUUGAGAUAGAGAGUCCAACAAGUAGAGAAUUGGUAACAACUCACCAUAACCAACAACAGUCUAUCAUACUUCCCAACCUCCAGGAAUUGGAUCUAUGGAAUAUGGACAAUAUGAUUCAUGUGUUGAAGUGCAGCAACUGGAAUAAAUUCUUCACCCUCCCAAAACAACAAUCAGAAUCCCCAUUCCACAACCUCACAACCAUACCUAUUAUGAAUUGCAAAAGCAUUAAGUACUUGUUUUCGCCUCUCAUGGCAGAACUUCUUUCCAACCUAAAGACAAUCAUGAUAAGAGAGUGUGAUGGUAUGGAAGAAGUUGUUUCAAAUAGAGACGAUGAGGAUGAAGAAAUGACUACAUCUACCCAAACAACCACCAACUUGUUCCCUCAUCUUGAUUCUCUCACUCUAAAAUACACGAGGAAUCUGAAGUGUAUUGGUGGAGGUGGUGCCAAGGCCAAGGAUGGGAGCAAUGAAAUAUCUUUCAAUAAUACCACUGCAACUACUGCUGUUCUUGAUCAAUUUGAGUUGUCUGAAGCAGGUGGUGUUUCUUGGAGCUUAUGCCAAUACGCUAGAGAGAUAAGUAUAGAAUUCUGCAAUUCAUUGUCAAGUGUAAUUCCAUGUUAUGCAGCAGGACAAAUGCAAAAGCUUCAAGUGCUGCAAAUAGGCUCUUGCAAUGGGAUGAAGGAGGUAUUUGAAACUCAAUUAGGGACGAGCAGCAACAAAAACAGAAAGAGUGGUGGUGAUGAAGGAAAUGGUGGAAUUCCAAGAAAUGAAGAAGAAGAUGCAUUAUUCAAUCUACCAUCAAAGGAGGUUGUGGUCUUUCCUCAUCUCAAGUCCAUUGAGCUAAAUGAUCUACGAGAGCUGGAGGGUUUCUUCUUGGGGAAGAAUGAGUUCCAGUUGCCUUCAUUAGAUAAGCUUAUCAUCACGGAAUGCCCAAAAAUGAUGGUGUUUGCAGCUGGUAGGUCCACAGCUCCCCAACUCAAGUAUAUACACACAGAAUUAGGCAGACAUGCUCUUGAUCAAGAAUCUGGCCUUAACUUUCAUCAGACCUCAUUCCAAAGUUUAUACGGUGACAACUCGGGCCCUGCUACUUCAGAAGGGACAACUUGGUCUUUUCAUAACUUGAUCGAAUUAGAUGUGGAAUGGAAUUUUGAUGUUAAAAAGAUCAUUCCAUCCAGUGAGUUGCUGCAACUGCAAAAGCUGGAAAAGAUUCAUGUGGAUAGUUGUUAUGGGGUAAAGGAGGUAUUUGAAACUGCAUUGGAAGCAGCAGGGAGAAAUGGAAAUAGUGGAAGUGGAAGUGGUUUUGAUGAAUCGUCACAAAUAACUACUACUACUCUUGUCAAUCUUCCAAACCUAAGAAAAAUGAAGUUAGAGUAUCUCAAUGAUCUGAGGUUAGAACAUGUAUUUACUAGUUCCAUGGUUGGUAGUCUAUGGCAACUCCAAGAGCUAGAUAUUAGUUGUUGCGGCCAUAUGGAGGAGGUGAUUGUUAAGGAUGCAUAUGUUUCUGUAGAAGAAGACAAAGAGAAAGAAUCUGAUGGCAAGAUGAAUAAGGAGAUACUUGUGUUACCUCGUCUAAACUCCUUGAUAUUAGUAGACCUUCCAUGUCUUAAGGGGUUUAGCUUGAGGAAGGAGGAUUUUUCAUUCCCAUUAUUGGAUACUUUAGAAAUCUACAAAUGCCCAGCAAUAACCACCUUUACCAAGGGAAAUUCCGCUACUCCACAGCUAAAAGAAAUUGAAACAAAUUUUGGCUCGUUUUAUACUGCAGGGGAAAAAGACAUAAACUCUCUUAUAAAGAUCAAACAACAGGAUUUCAAACAAGACUCUGAUUAA